AUGGCUUCCCCGUGCUGUGGGGACCCCAGCCCCGCAGGUCUGACCCCUGCUCCUGUAUCCACUCCAGGUGCUGCCGCCCCCCAGGAGCCCCCGUUCCCCGACAUCUAUGGCGGCGACGCGCGGCUCUGGGAGGCGCACUUCCGCGGCAUCGGGCGCGCCUACCGCGCGCUGGGCAAGGAGGACGACUUCGCCAUCCGCGUGCUCACCGAGGACUUCACCCUGCCCUUCCCGUUCGCCUGGCCGCCGGGGCCCGACCCGGCCCGCGGCCCGCCCUUCUACGACCCCAGUGACCGCGCCGGCUUCGACUUCCUGCUGCGGGGCCCGGGCGCCACGCCGCCCGCGCUGCUGCGGCCCCUGCACGCCACGGCGCAGGCCGCCUUGCGCAAGCGGCGCCUGGAGCAGCUGGCGCUGAGCUACGCGGGCGCCGGCGGCCCGAGGCCCGGCCUGGUGCUGCUGGCGCCCGCGCCCGCCGCUGCUGCCGCUGCCUUCGCGGGACCCGCGGGGCCGGAGGCCUGCGCGCCCGGCGCCCCUCCGCUGGGCUAG